AUAAUCAUAUUGUUUUGAAAGCAUAAAAACAUUGGACUAAAUGUUAACUCAACGUAUCAUUUGAUAGUAUGACUGAUCCAUACAUUGGAUUCAAUUUUGUAUUAAAUAUUAGAAUAUUAACUAAUAUUUUAACAAUUGUGUCAUCGAUUGUAUUUAAUUUAUCAUUUAAUUGAUUACAUAUCAUAUUAUAUAAACUUAAUUAAAGUGAAGAUGAAAGACAUUGUGAAGGCAUUGCAGGAUAGGGUGGACAACAUCCGCAAUGUAUGUGUCUUAGCUCACGUGGACCACGGUAAAACUACUUUAGUGGACACAUUGAUCGCCAGCAAUGGUAUUAUCUCGCAGAGAAUGGCCGGCAAAUUGCGGUAUUUGGACAGUCGUCAGGACGAACAGCAAAGAGGCAUAACCAUGAAGUGCAGCGCUAUAUCAUUAGCUUUUCAGACCAACAAUAUCCCAUAUUUGGUGAACGUAGUGGACAGUCCCGGACACGUAGACUUUUUCGGUGAAGUGUCCACUGCUAUACGUCUUUGUGAUGGAUGUAUUGUUUUGGUUGAUGUAGUCGAAGGUGUGUGCAGUCAAACUAAAGCUGCUCUACAACAGGCGUGGAUUGAAAAAUUAAAACCACUUCUUGUACUCAACAAAAUGGAUCGCUUGUUCAUUGAGAAGAAAAUGACAUCUUUAGACAUUUAUAUGCAUUUAUUGCAAAUCUUGGAACAAAUCAAUGCAUUUUUAGCUCAAUUAUUUACAACAGAUGUCUUAGGGAAGUGCACUCCAAAUACAAUUGAAACUAAAUCUCAGGAUCAAAGCGAUGGCAAUAAACCAACUUAUGAUUGGAGUUCAGGUUUAGAUGAUAGCGACGACUCUAAUCUAUAUUUUACACCCGAAUCGGGAAAUGUUGUGUUUGCCAGUGCUAUUGAUGGGUGGGGUUUUACAAUCGGAGAUUUUAGUAAAUUUUUAUCAAAGAAAUAUGGAAUUAAAGAGGAAGUACUGAAUAAAACUCUUUGGGGUGACUUUUAUUUGAGUUCAAAAGAAAAGAAGAUAAUGAAAGGCGCUCUUUCAAAGGCUAGGAAACCUAUUUUCGUGACAAUGGUUUUGGACAAUAUUCUAGCUAUUUAUGAAGCAAUUGCUAUCAAACGCGACAAAGAAAUGAUUCAAAAAAUAGUGUCAUCACUUGAUAUUAAAUUCACAACACGUGAUGUCAAUCAUUCAGAUCCAAGAAGUCAAUUGCAGACACUAUUCUCUCAAUGGUUUCCCAUUUCCAAUGCUGUUCUCAAAAUGAUCUGUCAAUUAGUUCCGAGUCCUAAACAGAUCACUGAAGAACGUGUAGAAAAUCUUAUGUGUUCUAACACUAAACGAUUUGAUUCAUUACCACAAAAGACUCAAAAUCUUAAAAACGAUUUUAUUAAGUGUUCAUCGGAUAGGGAAUCAGCUCUUAUAAUAUGUGUAUCUAAAAUGUUUUCAUUCGAGAAAAAAUUUUUACCACAAUUUAAACAAAAGGCUUUGACUCACGAAGAGAUAAAUGAGAGACGAAAUAAAUUAAAGACUAAACAACUGGAAGAAUCAAAUGUUUGUAAUGGAGAUGUUAUUAUUAAAGAAGAAAGUAAUGGAGUAAAUGAAGAAAUAUUAGCUAAUGAUAAUGUGUUGAUAGCUUUUGCCAGAGUUUUUAGUGGUACUAUAAGAACUGGUGAUACAGUUUUUGUUUUGGGUCCCAAACAUAAUGUUAACAAAAUUGAUGACUCCAUUGUAAUUGACGACAAUUUAACUAUUGAUAACUUGACAUCCGAUCAACACAUCACUAAGUGUUGUAUCGAUGACUUGUAUAUUCUUAUGGGAAGAGAACUCGAAGCUGUUGAUGAAGUGAAAGCGGGAAAUAUUUUAGGAAUCGGUGGUUUAGAUAAUCAUAUAAUCAAAUCGGGAACCUUAUCUACUACUAUGUAUUGUCCGCCAUUUAUUGAUCUACACUUGUCUACAAUUCCUAUUCUUCGUGUAGCACUUGAGCCCCAAAAUCCGACACUUAUGCCAAAACUUAUUGAUGCACUUAAGAAGCUGAAUCAAGCUGAUCCAUGUGUUGAUGUUAAAAUACAAGAGACUGGAGAACAUGUGAUUGUGACCACCGGUGAAGUUCAUCUGCAGCGAUGUAUUACCGAUUUGACACAAUAUUCGUCAAUUGAAAUAAACUGUUCCGAACCGAUAGUGCCAUUUAGAGAAACCAUUGUAUUGCCGCCUAAAGUUGAUAUGACUAAUGAACUGAUUGCUACCCAAAGGACAAACACAGAUUCAACUGAAAGCAAAUCAAUUGAAUUAUUUACUGUGAAUAAGAAAUCUAAAGUAAAAAUUAUAGCAAAACCACUUCCUGAAGAAGUUUGUGAUAUUUUAGGGAAAAAUAGUAGUCUAUUGAAAGUCAUUACAAGAAAUCAAAGAAAAUCAAGUGAUUGUUCACAAAUAACAGAACAAGCAAUGAAUGCCAUCGAAGAAUUACGAUCUCGACUAAAAAAGGCAUUUAUUGAGUCCGAUUGGCCCGAAGAUACUAUUGAUCACAUUUGGUCUUUUGGACCAAAAUAUUGCGGAACUAAUUUACUAAUUAAUAGAAUUCCUGAUUUUAAACGAUUUAAUUCAUGUUUUGCCAAAUACGACACCACGUCUUCAUUCAAUGAUUUUACUAUAAGUGAUGAAAUUAGACAACAAUGUGAAAACAGUUUUAUUAGUGGUUUCCAAUUGGCAACAUUGGCCGGUCCUCUAUGUGAUGAACCUCUUAUGUCUGUUUGUUUUAUUGCCGAAAAUUGGACGGUUACGGCUGAUAACAUGGACUGGUAUAAUGAUCCGUUCGGUCCAUUUAGUGGUCAAAUAAUGUCAACUGUAAAGGAAUGUUGUAAGAAAUCAUUUCAAGCACAACCUCAACGUCUUAUGGCAGCCAUGUUUUCCUGUACCAUACAAGUGGACAGCGAUGCUCUGGGUAAGAUGUAUGCAGUUUUGGGUCGACGUCACGGCCGAGUACUGGACGGUGACAUUCAGGAGGGCUCAGACAUCUUCAAUGUGACGGCUGUAUUGCCAGUGAUUGAAAGCUUUGACUUCGCGAAUGAGAUCCGAAAGCAAACGAGUGGAAAGGCUUGUCCUCAACUUGUCUUCAGUCAUUGGGAGAUUAUAGAUAUAGACCCGUAUUGGGUGCCGACGACUGAAGAGGAAUAUGCAUUGUUUGGUGAGAAGAGUGACACUCAGAAUAGGGGUCUUAAGUAUAUGAAUGGAGUUCGCAAACGAAAAGGACUUCAUAUUCACGAAAAGAUUGUCGAGUUUGCAGAAAAACAAAGAACUCUUACCAGAAAUAAAUAA